AUGAUAGAGAGUGCACCGAUCGUCGCGAAAGUGCCGUUGUUUCUUUUAUCGCUCGCAAUAUUGGAGAGCCAAAUUAUUAUUCGCGCGCAUGUUGGAAUUUUGAAAUUGUGGUCUGGGUACUCCUUGUAUAAAGUGUUUAGAACCAAUGCCCUUUUUUAAAGUUUAAGCUGAACAUGCAUAUUACAUACGAUUAAUUUUCUAAGUCAUUGAUUUUAAAUUAAUUAAUACACUCUCAAAUCUUUUGCUCAAAAGAACUUUUUGUGAGUUUGUAUUGGAUAUGCCGUAAUAUUUUAGUUUUAUUGUAUACUAGAAUUAGAAAAAUGAAUAAGUUUUGUACUUUUGGUAAGCGGGAAAAACUGUUUGGUGCUAAUAAAGGAGAUAGGGGUGCUAGCAUGGUGUUGUUGCCGGAUAUCACUAUUCCUCAAGGUUCGGAUCCCAGGAUAGCAACCUGUAGAGGUAAAUUACAAAACAGGCGUUCCAAACUAAACCAAGAAAUCAACAAAGAACUAAGACUUCGAGCUGGAGCUGAAAACCUUUUUAAAGCUACCACUAAUAAAAAAUUACGGGAGACUGUUGCUGUGGAACUUAGUUUUGUUAACUCAAACUUGCAGUUGUUAAAGGAGCAGCUCGCUGAACUGAAUUCUAGUGUGGAGCUGUAUCAAAGCGAUAGUACUGGUGCAGUCAUGCCAAUGAUUCCUCUAGGACUAAAGGAAACUAAAGAAAUUGAUUUUCGGGAUCCAUUUAAAGAUUUUAUUUUGGAACAUUAUAGCGAGGAUGCCAAUAAAUAUGAAGAUGCCAUCGCCGAUUUUAUGGAUACGAGACAGGCCAUGAGAACUCCCCUUAGGGACACAACUGGAAUAGGUCUCCUUUUUCGGUACUACAAUCAAUUGUACUACGUAGAAAGAAGGUUUUUUCCGCCAGAUAGAUCGCUGGGAAUCUAUUUCGAGUGGUUUGACUCCCUGACAGGUGUACCGUCAUGCCAAAGAACGGUUGCAUUUGAAAAAGCUUGUGUUCUCUUUAAUAUGGGUGCCAUAUAUACACAGAUUGGUGCGAAACAAGACCGCUCUACAGCCAAAGGACUUGAUUCUGCCGUUGAUAAUUUUUUAAGGGCAGCUGGUACUUUUAGAUAUAUUCACGAAAAUUUUACCAAUGCUCCAUCAAUGGACUUGGGUCCCGAAAUCCUAGAAAUGCUUGUUCAAUUGAUGCUGGCUCAAGCAAGAGAAUGUUUACUAGAAAAAUUACAAUUGCAAUCAGAGGAAAAAAGAUCGGUCGAUAUAUGUUUUGAUUUAUCACAAGAAGCUGCUGAACUAGCUGAGUGUUAUGCACACGUACACGAGUUAAUUUCACAUGAAACUGUACAUGAUUAUGUUCCUUACAGCUGGAUAUCUCUAACCCAAGUUAAAGGAGAAUAUUAUACAAGUAUGGCUCAUUGGCAUGUGGCCUCAGGUGUCUUACAUAAAGAAGCAGGUCAAAUGUCAACAGCGACAAAAGAAACUUUGCAAUUUUUACAUGUUCAAAAUGAUAUUACUCAGUUGGAUAUUCGAUGCCCCAAAGAUAAUAAUGAAAGGAGAUUAUUAGGGAGGGCCCACCUAAGAGAAGCUUUGGUUCUUCAAGAAGAAUGUCAAAGGCUUCACAGGAUGUGUAGAGAACUACGAGGCAAGCAUGCCUUGGCAUUAGUACUUAGGAUUGCCCAUAAGAAGACUUUGCAAGCAUAUACAUCUACUGAUACUGAAGAUGAUUUUAGUGAUAUGAUUGAUCCACCUCAAAUACAACCGGCAACAAAAUUCCAACUAUCCUUAACUCCUCCAGAUUUUGCACAGUACCGUGUAAAUGACCUAUUUAGGGACUUAGGACCAAUAGCAAUAUUUUCGGCGAAGCGCCACUGGUCUGCACCUCGAUUAGUUCAAUUGCACCGAGGUCGGACUAAUGAGGGAUUCGGAUUUUCAGUACGCGGAGAUGCUCCUGUUAUUAUAGCGCUAGUCGAGGCAGCAUCAUUGGCAGAGUUUGGUGGAGUCAAAGAAGGUGAUUUUAUUGUCAGCAUUGGAGAUAAAGAUGUGAAAUGGGCAGCUCACGAUGAAGUGGUCACACUAAUUAAGAGUGCUAGUGACUCUUUAAGCCUGAAGCUUGUUACUCCUAUGGAUCGGAAUUAUUUGAAGUCUUCAAAAUCAAAUCAGUCAAAAGGAUCGGUGUCAACCCACAGUUCCUCCAGCGGAAUUUCAAGCGGAAUGUCGAGCCCGUCUGGUUCGAUGGCUCAACAUAACCACAACAAUAGUAAACGACUAAUGAAUUGGAAUCCAUUUAAAAGAAAUCAUUCUACGAGUAGAGAAGGAAAGGAUUUUUUUGAAAAUGUUAUACUUAGAUAGUUUGAUGUACAAAUAAAUUGAAGUCAUUUUAAAAUUUAAAGUUUGUAUAUAUAAAUUAUCUUCUUUAUUUAUGUUUAUUUAUCACUAUUAGUACAUAUGUUUACACUCUAUAACUGAAGCAUACAAACUUGUUGCACUGAUAAAAAAUUAUUAUAUUGUUGUGUAUAGUUUAUGUAAAUAAAGUCUAUUAUCUGUCA